UUCGCGAGCACGUCAAUGAGCAAAUUUUUACUGCGGAAAAUUGAUUGUUAGCCAACGCAUUGCGAUAUAACAGGAAGCAGAAGUGCGUAAACUUGUCGUUUAUACGUAAAGUUGUACACGGAAGUCUUGUGGGAUCGUCAACUGGCCAUCCGUUUGCCGGAAGUGUUAACUAGCCAGUUUUUCUCCACAGGGCGAAAAAGUUUCACCUUUCCUGCUGUGCGGUGGAGUUUUUCAAGUGGAAAAGAAGAAGAAUUUUAGUGUUCCUCCAUCUCUCAACGGUUCGCCCUUGACUGGUCCGAACGAAUAGUGUCGAAAAUAUUCGGUAAUUCUUUGAAAACCCGAUUUUCCUCUGAUUAGGUGCAUAACUACCGGUGUGAAUUUUCCACACUGAAGGGUUAGAAACGGUGUUCGAUUAUAUCGGUCGUGAGUCAAAUAAGAAGAGAAAGAAGAAAAUCUGUCUGGAAGCAACUUUUUCGUGGUUCUUGUUACGUACUCGGUUUGGAUUUCUGGCGAGAAGAAAAGCGGUUGAACCGAAAAACCGAUUCAUUGUUUUCAGCCCUUUGAUUCUCGCCUAGCUCCAUUCAGAAUCCAAUCCUUUCGAGCGUAUAUGAUGCCUGAAGUGAUAACAACAGUUCAACCGUUCGAUGCGUCCAUGUAGGAAAUUGUUUCGUUGUCUGUGAAAGCGAACAAAACUAUCUCCAUAAAGUAUUCACGCACAAGGCUAAUCGAGUAGUGCAAAACAUUAAUCAUCGUCCUGCCGACGUAUCAUCAAUAUAGAGUAAUUUAUGAUUAUCUUGACAAAUAAGUAAUUUAUUUAAAAAAAGUAACUCUGAAAGAGUCCAUUUGGCUAGUGAAUAAGAUUAACACUUUCGUCAUAUUUCCGACAACAUUAGUGAGUGUCUCUGUCAGUGUCGCAGUGUGCAUUUUAAACCAGUGAGUCUGAAAAGGGACUGAUAGAAUACCGGCAAGUUUUACACGUUUCUAAGCAUUGGUAAAACAAGUGAUUAAAAAUUGAGCAAAGCAUAGGUAAAGUUCGAUACAGAAUUCUGAAGAAAAGAAAGAAAAAGAUUUCUUCUGGGCAUCAUCACCACCGUCACCACCAUCACCACCGCCAUCAUCCGACAACGGCGGCGUCGACGGCGACGAACGUAACUACUACCGGCGAUCAGCAAGAAACGCCGCACUCAUCGAGUCGAAAUAAUAGUAAUAGCGGCAGUAGCAACACCAGCAACUGCACCAACAGCGAGCCCGGUGCCAGACGAAACAUGACCACCGAUACCAGACGCCGGGUCAAACUUUACGCACUGAAUGCAGAUCGACAGUGGGACGAUCGGGGCACUGGCCAUGUUACUUCCAGCUACGUAGAUCGAGUUAAAGAUCCUACCCCCGAAGAAGAUUGUUUGAUUUUGAAAGGUGUUUCCCUACUAGUCCACGCUGAGAACGAUGGCUCCAUGCUGCUGGAAAGUAAAAUCCACCCGGACACCAUUUAUCACAAACAGCAAGAUACACUUAUUGUCUGGAGCGAAGGCGACAAUUUCGAUUUGGCCCUCAGUUUUCAGGAGAAAGCAGGGUGCGAUGAAAUAUGGGAGAAAAUUUGUCAGGUACAAGGCAAAGAUCCCUCCGUCGAAAUAACUCAAGAUGUCGUGGAGGAAUCGGACGGCGACGAGAGGUUCGAAGACAUGUCAGACUCGGCACCUCCUAUCGAGUUGCCUCCCUGUGAAUUGUCUCGCUUGGAAGACAUUUCCGAGGCGAUUGCCAACGGCCUAACGUCGCAGAUUCGGAAGGAUAAGUUGGCACAGGCCAUCGAAAGCGAAAAUUACAUCAAGAAACUGUUGAAUCUGUUUCACAUUUGUGAGGAUCUGGAGAACCACGAAGGACUACACUAUCUGUACGAGAUUUUCAAAAAUAUUUUCCUACUUAACAAGAACGCAUUGUUUGAGAUAAUGUUCGCUGAGGAUACGAUAUUCGACGUUGUCGGAUGUUUAGAAUACGACCCAACAGGUAAUCCACCCAAGCAGCACCGACAGUAUCUGAAGCAAUUAGCUAAAUUUAGAGAAGCUAUCCCAAUCCGCAAUACCGACCUGUUGGCGAAAAUCCACCAAACGUAUCGGGUACAGUACAUUCAGGACAUUGUUCUUCCAACGCCGUCCGUGUUCGAAGACAACAUGUUGAAUACACUUUCCUCGUUCAUCUUCUUCAACAAAGUCGAGAUAGUUACGUUAGUGCAGGAAGACGAAAAAUUCCUGGACGACCUGUUUACGUUACUAACGGAUCCUAACACGACCGACGCCAAGCGACGGGACAUCAUACUGUUCCUGAAGGAGUUUUGCAACUUUGCACAGUAUCUUCAACCGCAGAGCAAGGAGACUUUUUACAAAACACUCAUCAGUCUGGGCAUCCUGCCGGCACUGGAGAUUACGCUGGCAAUUAACGAUAAGAAAACGAAGGCUGCAUCAAUCGAUAUUCUGACGACAAUCGUCGAGUAUUCGCCGUCAAUAGUGCGCGACUACACGCUGCAACAGUACAACAACUCGGACACCGAUGAGGAUCAAACUCUUAUUAACAUAGCGAUCGAACAGAUGUUGUCUGAUUCGGAACCGGAACUGGGUGGAGCUGUACAGCUAAUGGGAGUCUUGCGGAUACUGCUCGACCCGGAGAAUAUGCUGAGCUCGGUGAACAAGUCCGAAAAGUCAGACUUUUUAAACUUUUUCUACAAACACAGCAUACAAACGUUGACAGCUCCACUGUUAUUAAACACUCUUUCCGACAAACCGGCCAAUGAGGACUAUCAUACGGUACAACUGCUCGGUUUGGUGCUGGAACUGUUGUCUUUCUGUGUUGAACACCACACGUACCACAUCAAAAAUUGCAUCAUCAAUAAGGACCUAUUGCGACGAAUACUGGUAUUGAUGAAGAGUACACACACGUUCUUGGUUCUAGGUGCUCUACGGUUCCUGCGGAAAAUCAUUGCUCUGAAGGACGAGUUCUAUAAUAGGCAUAUCGUCAAAGGUAAUUUGUUCGCAUCCGUGGUAGAUGCCUUCAUUCGAAAUAACGGACGGUACAAUCUACUCGAAUCGGCGAUUCUUGAACUGUUUGAGUUCAUCAAAAUAGAAGAUAUCAAAUCGUUGUAUACGUACUUUGUGGAGAGCUUUGGCAAAAUCUUCGACGAUGUGCAGUACGUGCAGACGUUCAAGACUCUGAAGAAUAAGUACGAACAGCAGCAGGAUCGACUCAAGGAGAAGGAAAAGGGUGGUUUGGAUAGUGUACCAUCGAUCUUGAGAAACAGCAGCCGCUAUCGACGGGAUCAACGGCAACUGGACGAAGAAGAAGAAAUUUGGUUUAACGAGGAGGAAGACUUUUCCGACAACAAGGCCGGAUCACCGGAACUGGACACUAGCUUAGGUAAAAUGUUCGACAAAAAGUCCCCUGAAUCACCAACGGCUACCUCCGUCAACGGCCCGAAGUACAGUAGUAGUAUUGGCAGCAACACGACGAAUUCACAGCAGUCUUCGCUAACGCAGCUUCAAACGAGCUCUCCUCUGAAUAAUAAUAGUACCGAUAUCAACAGUAAUACCACGUCGUCGGCAGUAACAGCAGAAGUGACAUCGCCCGUUCAUCCGCUGGCAGCAGCAGCGGCGGCAGCAGCAGCAGCAGCAGCAGCGGCGGCAAACGUCAACUCAACGUCCUGCUCGUCUGCUUCCUCCUCCCCGUCCUAUGCUGCUUCCUCAGCCACCACCACCAGUGCCGCCGCCACGAUCACGGAAAGUCUGCCGCUAACCGAUUCGGAGAGCACGCUUUACUCUGGUGAAGAAAUGUUACACAACAGCUCCCGUGAAGCAUCCGCCUCAUCCACUUCCGUGGCGAUCUCCGAUGCUAUCGAAGGGGGACGUAGCUGCAGUCCGGCCAAAUCGUUUGCAGCAGCAGAUUCCCAGCAUAGUUCCACCGAAGUCGGGAGCAGCGGUAAUAGCAGUUUGGUAAACUGCCCUAGCGAACCUAUAGAAUCUCUUGUGACUCCCGAACUAGCACUAGAAGAAUCGAAACGGUUAUCACACGACAACACCCUUUCGGUGAAGGAAUCGGAAGAGGAUGUAAGGCAAAACUGCAACGAAGCUGUCAACAGUGAAGCUCCGGAAAACAGUUCGCCGACCAGCGACAACAGCAGUAAUGGUGAUAUUAAAUAUUCGUCAGUGCCGUCCGCAGCGACGAUAUCUAAAGCUGUCGAUUCUGCACCGGAAGUAACGAAGCCGGAUAUUGGCAUGGAUUCUGUGUCGGCGACAUCGGCCGCAAUCGUGGGAAGCAUCAAGAAGGGUCUCGUUGAUUACGAGGAAGAUUCAGACGAAGAGGACGACGAUGACGACAGUGAUAGCCCCGUACAGAAGAAGGCACGAAUAGCAUAGCGUCGUAAUCACCAUCAUCACCUGCCGCUCAAUCGCCACCGGCGGGAGCAGAGAAACCAGAACCGUAACCAUAGUAGUAACCACCAGCAGCAUCAUAAUCAUCAUCAUCAUUAUCAUCAUCAUCAACAGCAGCGGCAGCCACCGGCUCAUGUUGCAUGUGUUGACGAUACUGACGCUGUAACAGCAACCGACAAUGAUUUAUCGCUUGCUGCUGAUGCAUCAACCACAACAACAACAACAACAACAACAACCGAAACAACAAAUUAUACAUAAAUCUUAUAAAUACAUGUGUAUCUAGAGGUGAAGUUCGCUAAUUUUACGGACAGCUAACGGGGGAAAAAGAACGUCUCACAAUGACAAAAAGAUAUCCAAAUAGGUGGUUUGGCGGAGAAGUACACUCGUUUCCUUUUUUGUUUAGGAAAAAUCCGUAGUGUUUAGGAACAGGAGACGCAAACAAUUUUUAAUUAUUAUACUGGAUAAUAAUUAAAGCUGUAAUUUAAUUGAAUGAAGAAAAAUCGGAAAAACUGAGUAGAGAUAAGUCUUAUUAAUAUUACUACUGAAACAAGCAAAAAACAAAACCCAUAUAAAAUGAAACAGCGAGAAAACUACUACUUUACUACUACCGCCAGUGGUUGAGGUACGUCUUGAAUGACGGGAAACUUCUCUCGGUCAAACGGUACGAACGAUAAUAAUUGAAAACGAAAACCUUUCCCGAUGCAUGAGAAAGAUACUAAUUCGGACGUAAUGAAACUUUUUGUAGUACGUUCGUUAGGAUGCUGCUACUGUAACCAAAAAGUCACAGAAGCGAAGCCACCAGCAGCUUUUCUAGCGGUAAUUCCGUUGUUAAGUAAGAAACGAAAGUCCACUAAAACUGCCACUAACUGGCAAAUUUUCUGUCAUUCAUGUAUUUUGUGAGGAUCAACACAAAGAAAAAACAAAAAGGAAACUGCACACUCCAAAGGAAGAACAAAAUUAAAAAUUGGACGUAUAUGAAUUAAACACGAUUGUAAGUUGAAAACUGGAGUUAAAACAUGUUAAAUUUUUAAGAACAGGCAAAAAGUGUAAAUUUAAAGCAACUGCGAUAAAAUGUUGGCAAGCUGAAAGGUUCUUUUCCUGAUUUUCUCACUUUGGAUUCGGGGAUUUUCUCCUUUGGACGCGGAUUUUACUCGCUCAGUUUACGACAGUACUCCUAUACGGUAGCUCAGUUUCGAGCAAAAAGACUCUUUCCUUGGUUGGUCUUAAUUACGUUCUGUUCCGGAAAUAACGAAAUCCAGGGAAAGGUAGCUGAAACCGUACGCUUCCACUUACUUUUUCCUCUUGAUUCCAUUUAUACAUUUUAUUUUCAUUUCCAACAUGUUCGGCUUUGAUGGAGAAUUUUUUGACAAGAAGUAUUCCCCUUCAGACCUGACCGGAUAAUGGAGUAAUCGAAAUUUGGUUCUGUUUUUCCUUCAGUUGCUGUAAAUAGUAGUUACUUAACUGUAAUUAGCACUAAGCCAAAUUCUCGUAGGAAAUAUAUAAAAUUGAAACUAUACGAAUUAUUGCUAGGUAAGUCCGAGAUGUAAAUGUUUGAUGAAGAUCAUUGAUCAUUAGACAACUUAUAAAAUUCCCUAGAUCGUGGCUGCUUGGCCAUUAUUUGCAAUGUAUCCGGAUCCCCUUUCUCGCUUGUAAACAGUAGUACCCACACAAGCAAGGAGUCUUUUUGCUGAAAUGUUGUUGUAAAGAACGCUUCAUUUGCUUCCACGAGCACUAGCAGUGAUCAGUUGCGUAUUGUGUUAUUAAGCCCGCAAUCAAAUGAAUUUUGCGCGGGUCGAACAACUAAUUGUUGCCAAUGUAAUAGUUGGGAGAAACAUUGCCGAAAUGAUUGAACAAAAAAGGGAAUUAGGAAAAAAUACAACUUUUUACGAAAGCAAAAGUGAGAUGAAAAAGUAAAAA